AUGAUAAGGGAUCACAUAUUCAGAGGGAAGAAGUCAGUAAUUUCUUUCACUAGAAAUCUUAUACAACUUAGCAACAACAAGAUUAGGCAAAAUGCAAAGCAGAUAAUAAGCAACACCACAGAUUUUGAUGCAAAGCAGAAUGGGAGUCGUUCCAAGGUAGUGGAAGACAGAACUGAGGUAACCACCAUUCAUCCAUAUCCCAUUGCUGGCAGAGAAGAGCAACAGUACCAAACAUCCAGGCAGCAACAAGAACCAUUUUCAUGA